UCUAUUGGACAAUCAUGUGUCAUUCAUACGGACAGUGGCGCGGCCAGGCGGUUAGUUAAACAUGGCAGUACCGGCGGGGAGAUCCGUGGUGUUUGUAACGGGGAACGCGAAAAAAUUAGAAGAGGUUGUUCAGAUCCUCGGUGACAAAUUCCCCUACAAACUUAUUUCUAAGAAGAUUGAUUUGCCUGAAUACCAAGGAGAACCUGAUGAGAUCUCUGUACAGAAGUGCAAAGAGGCAGCAAGACAGGUAGACGGACCAGUGAUUGUAGAGGACACGUGUCUGUGUUUCAAGGCAUUAGGAGGUCUCCCAGGGCCGUACAUAAAAUGGUUUCUGGAUAAACUAAAGCCAGAGGGUCUGUACAAGCUUUUAGCAGGGUUUGAGGAUAAAUCCGCCUGGGCUCUUUGCACAUUUGCGUUUUCUCCUGGCAAAGAAGAACCUGUUCAGCUCUUCCGAGGAAUCACUGAAGGCAAGAUUGUGGAGCCCAGAGGCCCCCGAGAUUUUGGAUGGGAUCCUUGUUUCCAGCCUGAUGGCUAUGAUAAAACCUAUGCAGAGCUUCCUAAAGAGGUGAAGAACAGCAUCUCUCACCGGUACCGCGCCCUGGCAGCUAUGUCGGAACACUUCUCCAAACUGAACGACGGAGACCCAGAGACCAAACGCACCAAACAAUCCGACUAAUCGCAAGCAGGUUCGACCAAUCUGGAGUCAGUUCGUCUCAUCAGUAUCGGGCAUUUGACCAAGGCGAUGUGCUGCAACUAUCAACGCGAGACUUGUGAAACGGUUUAAAACCGCAGUCUGUAAAAUAUCUUUUAAAUAAAUAAAUAAAAACGUGGUGU